UUUGGAAUCAUAAGAACAAACCUGAGGACGAGGGAGAAUCUGAAGGCAGGCAAAGAAAAUGAGCAGGAAGAGAUAAGGCAUACCUCGAAGGGGUUGGCAGCGGCGGCGGUGGUGGUGUCGCUGGAGCGUAACNUUAUGUAUACAAAGUUUGGAAUCAUAAGAACAAACCUGAGGACGAGGGAGAAAUUGAAGGCAGGCAAAGAAAAUGAGCAGGAAGAGAUAAGGCAUACCUCGAAGGGGUUGGCAGCGGCGGCGGUGGUGGUGUCGCUGGAGCGUAACAAAGAGAGAGAGAGAGAAAUAAAUGGUAAGGAGUAA